AUGCUGUGUUUUGAUGAGCCGAUCUUGGAUAAGGCAAAAAGUAAACAGUGGGGCUCGAAGCCCCAGGUUAGGAGCUGCUCUAGGAGGACACUCAGGGUAGACUUUGCAGACAUUGGCUGGAGUGAGUGGGUCCUGGUGCCCAAAGCCUUCGAUUGCUACUACUGCGCUGGCACCUGUGGAAUCCCUGAUCCCAAGGUACUGCAUCCCUCUAAUCAUGCUACCAUCCAGAGUAUAGUCUGUGCGGUUGGGAUAGUUCCAGGGGUCCCAAAGCCCUGCUGUGUCCCAGAGAAGAUGAGUCUCCUGGGUGUUCUCUACCAGGAUGAAAGGGGUAAUCUGGUGCUCAAGGUCUACCCCAGUAUAUCUGUGGAGAGCUGUGCCUGCAGAUAG